UCGUCUCCCUCCCCAUUGCCGUAGAGACGGUCUCCGGGGCGAGCGAAGGUGUCAGAGCGCGGAGAGGCAGGGGAAGCAUUGCAGCAGGACUUCAGAGAUGAAGAAGAUCCAGGAGCACCAUCUCCGGGAGCCCAUAAUUCCAGACCUGCUGAUGAGCCCCAGCGACCAAGGAGAUGGGGACCUGGAGAUGGAGUACCCAGCAGAGAGAGGGAACUGGACCGGGAAGCUGGAUUUCCUUCUCUCCUGUAUUGGCUACUGUGUGGGGUUGGGGAAUGUGUGGCGGUUUCCAUACAGAGCUUACACGAAUGGGGGAGGAGCUUUCCUUAUUCCUUACUUCAUCAUGUUGGCAAUAUGUGGUAUCCCCAUCUUCUUCAUGGAGCUCUCGCUAGGCCAGUUCUCCAGCCUGGGGCCACUUGCAGUCUGGAAGAUAAGCCCGCUCUUUAAAGGUCUCGGGAUGGGCACAAUCCUGAUUGUCUCUCUGGUGGCCAUUUACUAUAACAUGAUCAUUGCUUACGUGCUUUUCUACCUCUUCGCGUCCCUGACAAGCAACUUGCCCUGGGAGCACUGUGGCAACUGGUGGAACACCGACCUCUGCUUGGAUCACCAGGUCAUCAAGGCAGGGAAUGCUGCCAUCCCAUUCAACAUCACUAACACCGUCAGCCCGAGUGAGGAGUACUGGAAUCGUUAUGUUCUGCAUAUCCAAGGGAGCUCUGGGAUCGGGGAUCCGGGGCGAAUCCGCUGGAAUCUGUGCCUGUGCCUCCUGCUCUCCUGGGUCGUUGUGUACUUCUGUAUCCUCAAGGGAGUCAAAUCCUCCGGCAAGGUUGUGUAUUUCACUGCCACAUUCCCUUACUUCAUCCUGAUCAUGCUGCUCAUUCGUGGUGUGACACUGGAGGGGGCCUGGAUAGGAAUCAAGUUCUACCUCACACCCCAGUUUGAUCACCUGCUGUCUUCCAAGGUGUGGAUAGAGGCGGCUCUGCAGAUCUUCUACUCCCUUGGGGUGGGCUUCGGGGGACUGCUCACUUUCGCGUCUUAUAACACCUUCCACCAGAAUAUUUACAGGGAUACAUUUAUAGUCACCCUGGGCAAUGCCAUCACCAGCAUCCUGGCCGGGUUUGCCAUCUUUUCCGUCUUGGGCUACAUGUCGCAGGAGCUGGGCAUCCCGGUUAACCAAGUGGCAAAAGCAGGUCCCGGCUUGGCUUUCGUGGUGUACCCCCAGGCCAUGACGAUGCUUCCUCUUUCUCCACUCUGGUCUUUCCUUUUCUUCUUUAUGCUGCUGACCCUGGGCCUGGACAGCCAGUUUGCCUUCAUGGAGACCAUUGUUACUGCAGUGACAGAUGAGUUUCCUUAUUACCUGCGCCCCAAGAAGGCUUUUUUCUCAGCCAUCAUCUGUACUGCCAUGUACCUGAUGGGGCUCAUUCUCACGACAGAGGGGGGGAUGUACUGGCUAGUCCUGCUGGAUGACUACAGUGCUGGGUUUGGACUCAUGGUGGUGGUGAUUACAACCUGCCUGGUGGUGACACGUGUCUAUGGCAUGAAGCGGUUCUGCCGGGAUAUUCACAUGAUGCUGGGCUUCCAACCAGGGCUGUACUUUAAAGCCUGCUGGAUGUUCCUGUCUCCGGCAAUGAUGAUGGCCCUGCUGGUGUACAAUAUAGUCAAGUACCAGCCCUCAGAGUAUGGGAGUUACCGUUUCCCAUACUGGGCCGAGGUCCUGGGCAUACUGAUGGGGCUGUUCUCCUGCCUGAUGAUCCCCGCAGGGAUGGUGGUCGCGGUGCUCAGAGAAGAAGGGACGCUGUGGGAGAGAAUCCAGCAAGCCAGCCGGCCAGCCAUGGACUGGGGCCCUUCUCUGGAGGAGAACAGAACCGGCAUGUACGUGGCUACCUUGGCUGGCAGCCAGUCCCCCAAACCCUUGAUGGUCCACAUGAGGAAAUACGGGGGAAUCACCAGCUAUGAGAACACAGCCAUCGAGGUGGACAGGGAGAUCGAGGAGGAAGAGGAGUCUAUGAUGUGAGGAGGUCACAAACCCGGUGGGGAGCAGAGAAUGGGGGACUGCAACCCUGAACUUUCACAGUUGCACUUAGGCACUUCGGGCCGGUUAACAGGCAAUUCUAGAGGCAGCUGCGAGCUGCUGACCUCUCAGCAUCCCACGGGAUGCUCUGGCCUCUCCAGCAGAACGCUGCUGAGAAUUCCAGUGUUGCUGAGAUUUUUGUUCAGUGUGGCAAGCUGUGUAAUGAAUGUGUGUGUUAGCUCUCCAGUGUCUGGGACCAGCUGCCCGGACCCUACCCUGCUCCAGGCCCACCCCACCCUGCCUGGGUGCCCUCUGCCCAGAGUUAUGACUCAUUGACCUCUGUGUAAAGACUGCGACAUGCACCCACUUUGCACUCCUUUUGCACAGGCAUCAGUGAGCAAGGCAGUGGAGAACAAGGCUAGUAGUUGUUGGUGGUGUUUGUUGUUGCUAAGCCUAUUUAACUCCAAUGACGCAUGAACGUUGUGGAGAAAGGAUGUCUUUGUUAACCCCACCCUGUCAGUGGAGAGGUGUGAGUGCCCAUGCGUCCCGCCCCUGCUAGGGUCCUCCAGCAACACCAGGUCCUCACGAUGCCCGUGGGUCCCACCCCUUCUGGGGUCCUCCAGCAACACCAGGACCUCUCGGUGCCCAUGGGUCCCACCCCUUCUGGGAGCCUCCAGCAACACCAGGGAAGACCAGAGUGGCCAUUCCUGAUAAAUAAGUCUAGGGAAAAGAAACCCCAUGUUAUAAAACAAACCAACCCACCCCCGGACAGGCCUUUCUGUGCACAACAGAGAAAGGUAAACCCUGGCCCUGGGAUAAAUCAAUCCUUUGCAGGUUGCUCUUAAGAAGUGCCAUUUGCACUCUGGUCCCCUGUUCACACAUCUGAAUUCAGAACCUCGGGGUGAGGCUGCGUCAGGUUAACCCCUCCGUGGACUCCGUGGUGGGGCAGAGCCUCUGGCUGUGGCUGUCCCUCCCCGAUUCCAGCCCAGGGUGGAGCAGGGAGGCUUGGGGAGGCGAUGUCUAAUCUCAGCAGUGCCCCCCAGUCACACGCCCUGGGAGCAGAGUGCAGGCCGAGGCGGGGGGGCAUUUGACGUGUGUUUUUUCUGUGUUUGCAAUGCGAAGGGGUCGGCCGACGUGCCCCUGAGUGAAGGCAGCAGCAGGACCAGCCACGCGCUCUCUGGCACCGGUGCUCCAUUGUGCUGCAGGGCUAGUGGUGCGCUGACUAGCCCGUGAAUUAUGAAUGAGGAGCUAUUGGAAGUGUCACUAAAAUAACUUCACAAAAAGGAAUGGAAAAAACCUCUCUGCAUGGGCUCUUUGCAAGAUCCCACUCACUGGGCACAGAGACCCCAUGCUGAGGGGCUGCCUCCAGAGUCUUCUCCAGGCAGGGACAGAAAUCCAGUCUCACUUCUUCUCCUCCAGUACCAGAGUCCACUCAAGGGGAGCACGGAUCACCUUCCCUUGUAGUCCCUGUUAUUGAAGUUUGGGGGUGGGGGGUACCCCUUAUCUCACAUGGUAAUAGGAAAAUCCUGGACUGUCAGUCAUUGCUUGCAUGACAUGGAGUAAAGUUCCAGGAAUGUCCUGACUUGUCAAAGUCUCCAGGAAGUCCUCUUCCCACAUGGCCUUUUACAAUUCCUACACUAAGGUGACAAGAUAGCAAGUGUGAAAAAUUGGGAUGGGGGUGGAGGGUGAUAGGCACCCCCAUAAAACAAAGCCCCGAAUAUCAGGACUGUCCCUAUAAAAUCAGGUCUUCUGCUCACCCUAUGCUACACACAGCUCUCCACACCUUCCUCCCCCGGCAGUCUGACGGUAUGUCUACCCUGUGCACUGUGGGUACAUCUACACAGCAAAAAUAAAUCAAUCAAUCUGUGGCAGCAAGUCUCCGAGCUCGAUCAACUGACUCGAGCUUGCGGGGCUCAUGCUGCGGAGGUCAAAAGAGCAGUGUAGACAUUCAGGUUCAGGCUGAAGUCCGGGAUACGAGACCCUCCCCUGCUGCCAGGUUUCACAGCCCAGGUUCCAGCCCAAGCCUGAGCAUCUACACUGCUAUGUUUAGCCCACAGCUGGAACCCGGCAUCAAUUGACCUAGGCUCUUUGCUGUGUAGAUGUAACCUAAACCUGGGCUCUGACUCAGGUUUGAGCCCAAGUCCCACUUCUGUCCACACACAAAUCAGUCUGACCUGUAUCCUAGGACCCUGCUAGGGUAGUGGGUCAGAGUCUGCGAUCUCUGUGACGUGGGUCCAAGCCCUGGCAAUUUGCAGUGUGGCUGCAAGUCAAGCCGCAGACCCAAGUCAGAAGGUCUGUGUAGCGCAGCAUGGAAGCAUUUGCAUGGCUGUGAGACCCGGGUCCAGCAGCUGUGAACCCAGGUUUACAAUGCAGCGUGGACGCUCAAGUGCAGGCUUGGAAAUACCGAGUACACAAGCCCAGGUCCACGGUGCAGUGUGGGGAUGUCCGCACUCAAGCUGGGGCUGCAAUCCCAUGUCAGCGUAAUCAGAGCUUAUGCACUAAAAACAGCAAUGAGCUGCGGUGGUGUGUGCAGUGGGAGGGGGUAGUUGCCCCCCAAUAUGUGCCGAGGGUCUCCCACAGGUUUGUACUUGAGGCUGCUAGGCCUUCCUGCUGCUGCAUGUACGCUGCUACUGUUAGCGCACUAGCUUGAUCAGAGCUAGCGUGGGUACGUCUCUCUGUGCCAGACUUCGCCCGUCCUGCUCCAGGUUAGCCAGGGCAUCAAUGAUUCUGGGUCAUGUGAUUUCCAACUUUGAAAGCCCGCCCCGCAGGGUCCUGGCAGCUGCUGUGUGUUUGUGCGUCAGCAGCUCAGCUCCUGCCGGUGCUGUUGUGUAUGGAGGGUGCAGGGCACCCUCUUUUAAGGAGCAGCAGUUCAAUACCUAAGCUGCCCCCGUGGUGGUUUGUAGCGUACCCCGUGUUCACCUACUGUGACGUGUGUUCUCGAGUGUGCGUGUGUCGUUGGUGUAACAUUGCAAACAAAUGAAGAUCCACCCUUCUGUGCGUGCUGUUUUCACUGCACACUGGGUUUGAAAUGGGCUGGUUCCGGGUGGCUCCCCAGCUCACUCGCUCUUGCGUUAUUAACGCACCAGUUGUGUAGUGGCUAGACGCCACCUUGUGGGGCAGGAGAGUUAUUUCCACUUCAAGCUGAGCAGUGUUUCAGACACGGCAUUGAAGGGCCCAAACUUCUCCCUUAACCUGAGCUCAAACCAACCCGAACACAGGCUCCAAACCUACCCGUUCCUUCCUAGAGGCCAUGGAGCCCAGUGCAUUAUCUCCCAAAACCACCCAGAGAGCUGCCCCAUGGAGGGUCUUGGGCCGCUGUUUUUCAUAUUCUUGAUCCUCUGUACAGCCAGCUGUGUAGAUGCUGAGUAUGUCUACACAGGGAUGAAAAACCCAUGGUAGACACACCCUUGGAGACCAGAAGCAGACACACCAACGUACCACCAGCAAGGUUGUGCUUGGGGGUUCUUCCAGCUGGGAAGCUCGCAAAGCUGGACUUCUUCCUCGACACCCUGAUUUCCAUGGCUGUAU